ACAGCGGUGAGGGCUUAAACCCUGCAACAUCUGUAUUGACAGACAGUCGGAUAUGUGAAGCAAAAGCAUGGCUGCACAAGGCGAAAAGAAACCAGUGCUGGAGAUGGUCCAGGCUGAUGGGGCUGAUGAGGGCUGUGUGACGUUUGUGCUGCAUGAUGAAGACCAUACACUGGGAAACUCUCUGCGAUACAUGAUCAUGAAGAAUGUGGAUGUGGAGUUUUGUGGCUACACCAUCACCCAUCCGUCUGAGACCAAGAUCAACUUUCGCAUUCAGACACGAGGGGGAGCACCAGCCACAGAGCCUCUACGGAGGGGCCUGAAUGAGCUCAGCGAUGUUUGCCAACAUGUUCUCAACACUUUUCAGGCCAGAGUUAAUGAGUUCAAAGAAAGGCAGGAGCAGCCCAUGGAAUGAAGAGCAUCAUAUAUGUGGAAGUAUGGAGCUGUCAGACACACAGUAUCUACAAAAACAAAGUGUAAAAAUCAGUUAUUUUGAUAUUUUUCAUUGUAUGUCACCUAGUUAGAGGUAUGGAAGGUUCCUUUGUACAGUUUUCAUUUUUGUAUCAUGAUCAAAUUGAUGUGUAAUGUAUGAUAUUUUUACUUCAGUCUUGUGUCUAUCAUUCCUGAUUUGUUGGAAUGAUAAGAAAAACAUGUUUGAGACAUUAAAUUUAAACACAAAUCA